UGCCCGUCUUCUCGUUUCUCUACUGUGGGUCGUCGUGCCAUGGAACCGGUGCGUUUUAAACCGCGCGAGACACUCAGUCGGUCUCGAGUUGAGCGGCUUCGCAGUUCCUCGCCGGUACCGAUCAAUUGUAUUAACAUUUCGGCAUUUUCAUCCGAUUCAACAUUGUUCGAAGUCUUUCUCUCGUUGAAUUGAUGGAGACCAGCUCCUCCGCGUAUCAGGCCAUCUGCAGGCGUCAUUUGAUCCUCGUUAGUCCAGUGCAUUUGUUGUAAAAGUGAUUCUCGCCAUUUUUACUAGUUGUUGUUGUUGUGAAGAGCUUAAAUCAUUGACACAGGAGAUUCGCUGCUUCGUCGAGAAAUUGGUGUUAAUGAGCUAUGAUAUUGUUUAUUUAUUAGUGAAUUGCAGACGCUGGUGCAUCAAUAAUUUCCUCUCUAUUCAGCCCAUGGGUAUGAGUUAUGUGGAGGAUAGUGGAAGUAUCAUCUAGAGUAUCAGUGAAGUGGAUAUAACUGCAGUGCAAGUGAUUUUCGUGAAAUUUACUCAAGAGUCGAGGAAGAAUUAUUAAUUUGGGGGAGUUAUUCAUCGCAGGACGAAGGUGGAGAAGAGGGAGGCAUCAUAACGAAAAUCAUAAAACCACUGAUUAACUGGGGAGCGAUUGAAAGCCGCUGCAUUCCUUGGCUCUGCGAUUGGUAAUUCAGACUUGGUCGACGAAAAGGCGUGCGUGGUUGUAAUAGGAUGCGAUUGUGCAUGUAGUAUUACGGCAGUGCUCCAAGCAACUCUCAUUCACAAUCAGCAGUCCCUCAAAAGUGCAAUCAAUUCAACCCCCAGAAAAUGAUGGCCGAGGGACACCGAGGGAUUUGUGGGGAUUGAUGUCUUUGGUGGACUGCACUAUAAAGCAGCACGGUGAGAGAAGGAUGAAGGAUGCCCCGUAUCAGCGGCGACGGGGGUGGUGGUGGUGCCAAGAACGAGAGGACCAGUGGUAUAGGGGGGUGGUUUGGCGGAGCAGCCCGAGUCAUGACUGGAAGCGGUGGAGGUGGAUAUGUCAUUCUAGGGGGAACGAAAUAUGGCAUUCGCCUGUCACAAGAGAGUAUCCCUCCGGAGACAUCCCAAGAAGAUCCAAUGGAUCACUCACCUCGCCUAGCUGUCCGACAGGGUGACUCUCGAGAAUGCUUGACACCAUCAGACACCAAGGACAAAGUCCCUCUAGAAAAACCCUUGAAUCUGUCAUCAUCCAUAGCCGAUUGUUGCUGCAUCGGUCCACGUUCGAAGCUCCCUCUGCCACGCUUACCAAUAUCCCCCUGUGCUAAACAAUCCAAGGGUGGUGAUACAUUUGGCAUGGGCAAUGCUGCCAGCCCUGGUGCAGAUGUAACGAAAAUCAGUGAAAAUGAAGGGGACGAAGAACGACAGUCUAUUCAACCUCCCACUAGGUUUGAGUCGACGCGACUGCCGCCAAACUCAAAUGCUAAUAAUAACUGCGGGGGGCUGCAAAUGGGGAGCCACGGCUCUCAGCCACAAUCAUCCACAGCAUCAUCCUCCACCCAUACCACCAACAGUACCACUAUCACAACUACCGCUAACGCUGGCCUCGCACCUUCUAGUUUCACUCCAAUUGCUCACAACACUGUCUCUGUACCACGACAAAUUGCUCAGUGGACCAAACAUCAUACACUCAAGCUACAGGAACCAGCAAUAACAGCAGUGGACCGACUUCACAGAUUUCGAUGGAGCGGUGGUGGAGGAGGAGGUGCGGGAGGAAGAGGCAAAAAAUCCUCUUCUGGCCCCCGCAGCGAAAAAGCCGAGCGUCUCCGCGAGCUCACGGAAAAAUUGCAAAAAGGCCCAGCUCCUGUACCACCCCCGAGGAGACCUUCCAGAAUACAUACGUCAUCACCACCCCCUAGUGGAGCACAUCAACAAUCACCGCCAAUUAAAUCAGAUCAAGUUCGCCCGACUUCAGGACGAAGCUACACGUACAGCGAAGGGAGCAUCACACCCAGCAACGACGUUGAAAAUCCGAAGAAAUUUGUGCGCAGUGAAAGUGUUGGUGAUGAGUGCAAUCACGAGCAUGUGACAGAUGACAGUAGAAAUAGGCCGCAAUCAUCACCGAAUCAUGAUCAUCAUUAUCAGCCUCCCAAUCAGCAUGGAUUAUUAUCGAGGCGUACGUCGAGAUCGAGUAAUGAUAGUGGUGUCAAUAGGCACAGCAGUGAUAUUGAGCAAGUUAAACGAUCAACUGACAGACACAGUGAACCAAAACAUUACAGGCAGUGUAGUGAUUCGUUGAUAGAUAGUACUAAGUGUGUGAGUGACAUUGGGGAGUUAACGGGGGGUAGCAGUGGCAAUGAGAGCGAGGCGAGAGAUGCCUUGUCGAGAUUGGAGCCGAGAGGACCACUGCUUACAUUUCACAGAACUGGUGCACCCUGCAGAAGUGCAUCCUUCGGUCAAGUAGACUUUAAUCAAGGAAAUCGACAUAGAACGCAAACAAUAUUCUCUUCAAACGGAGAUGAGUCAAAGGACGUGCGUGCAAGUACUUUACCCAGACGUCGAGGGAAUACAUCCUCUAGUCCAACAACCUCCUCUCCACAAAAAAGCCCAGACCGCCAGAGUCCGUGUGCCUCAACGCCGAGUGUAGACAGUGCGGUAGGAUCGGCAGAGGGUCUCGGUGUUCCUCAAUCGAGGACACUCGAGGAAUUACGACCUCGAAGCGAUGGGUCCGAUAGUCUGGGGACGUCGAGUGCUCUCACGAGUCCAGAACCACCGGUUCCCUCAGACAAUCAAGAGCUACGAGUUAAUCCGACGCAACAGGAAUCAUUAGGCCAGGACCAUGUGCCCUUUGUGGACCGGGUGCAUCCACCAGUAGGAAACAAUAAUGGAGACGAAGUCGAGGCUAAAGUGAUAAUCACACCACCACCUGAGGAACCUAGACUGAGCCAGGCGAGCGAAACGAGCGAGGCGCUCAGUGAAACCCCGUCAGGAGCAUCUUCGCCAUCUGGUAAAGUCCGAAGAUAUCGUGGUGAUACGAGCAAACGGCGGAAAGGAGUGUAUAUAACUCAGUGGCCAGAACCUUCGGAGAACGAGAGGAACAAACUAGCCGCCCAGAGCAGCGAGGAGAAGGAUGAUCAGCCAGCGACACUGAGCGAUCUCUCGGACUGCGAAGGCCACACUCCACGACGAUAUAGUAAACGACCUCUUCGUGGGCCAUAUGGCCAAAUGCUAGAGGCAGAAAUGGCCAAGCCACGCUCAACAGACAUUGGACUGGAGGAUAAUAUUCGUCACCGUCGAAAAAUCUCAGCCAAUUUGUCAUACAACCCUGGAGUUAAUAGUAACUCGGAGCCACCUACACCGUGUCAUCACAGAACAACAUCAAGUCCAAGUAAACUCGAGGGCCUGCCUGGCCCAAGUCCAGAACUUCUGGCUGAAUUGCUUCGAGGAUCUUCCGAAAGGGUUUCGAGAUCACCGGCGCAUAGAAAUGACACGCGGACACAUGUGGUGGUGGAACUCUAUGACACCGAAAAAUCUUAUGUUGAGGCCCUACAGAUACUAGUCAAUAAAUAUCUACAAACUUUGAAGAACUCAGAAAACGCUGGACUGGUCGACGCAGCUGUAGUAGAUGAAAUAUUCUAUCAGGUUCCUGCGAUUCUCAGUCACCACGAAGUAUUCCUAGAAGAAUUGAGAAAGCGCCUAGAAACCUGGGAACUUCGUCAAACGAUUGGCGACGUCUUCCUCGAUGUGUUCACCAAACCCGUUGUUCUCGAGACAUACACCCUAUUCCUGGACAAUUGGAAAUCAGCGAAGAAGGCUAUAAAAACAACAUGCCAAACAAAACCAGCAUUCGCUCGAUUCCUCGAUACGAUGGAGCGCGAGCACAAGGGAAAACUGGGACUCGAUCAGCUAUUGAUCAAGCCAGUCCAAAAGAUACCUAGGUACGAAUUGCUAAUUCAGAGGCUUCUCAAGCACACAGACCAGAGUCAUCCCGAUUAUGAGCUAUUGAUUGCUGCACAGAAGGAGGUCCAUGAGUUAGUUGUGAAAAUUAAUUGCACGGAGAGAGAGUCACUCGAAUGGGAACAACAGCAAACUACGCUCAGAGAGGUGCAAUCAUUAGUUGAAGGAUUAGCUGGGAUAGUUACCAAUGAUAGAGCAUUUGUUCGACACGAUUUGGUCACGAUCGCCUCGAAUCAGGGCACCAGAAAAGAAAGAGCCCUGUUCUUAUUUUCGGAUCUUCUUGUCAUUACCAGUAUUAAACGGAGGAGUGGAACCAUUCGUAAACCAUCAACAGCGUCGUGUCCGAAUAGUUUAGUAGGCUUACUGGAAGCGAACAAAUACAAACUUCUCAUGAGAAUUCCACUCGAUGAUCUUGAAGUGAUGAAAGCCAAAGAUGAAAACCUUAGGAGAAUGGCACGUGAGGUGGAUCACUUACGGGAAGACUGUGCUAGGUUAUCUCAGCUCCAGGAACUCGCUGGUACUUUGCAUGGAUCGAAGCAUCAGCUCGAGGAUCUUAUCAAAGAACUACUGAGCCAAACGCAACGUCAAUUAGCCGAGAGGAAUGCGGCACACUCACAGCUUGCGUGCUUGGAACUAACUCUAAAUACUCAGUCUGGAAUUGAAAACAUUUCAAUAAUGUUCACAAAGCCCGAUAAACGAGCGAGCUGGGAGGAGAGUUUCAACGAGGCCAAACAAAAAUUAGCAUUUUCGGCAGAUCGAAGACCUUGUCCAGAGUUCGUGGGACCUCUGCCCAUCCGGAAAACCCGGGCUGGCCUUCAGUUUACCUGCGCUGCGCCAACAAUACUAAAUGGUCAAGGAGUUCGCGAUGUAUGGGUGUGCAAUAGUGAUGGAUAUGUUGGACAAGUGUGUGUGCUCAGUUUAACACCAGAACCUCCGCAAGUUACCUCCUGCAAUGGUGUGUGCAAUGCCAGGAUUCUAUGUGUGGCAGGAAUACCCGCUGGAUCUUCGAGUUCUCAUUCAUGUUCAUUGAGUAAGAAGAAGUUCACCGUCAGCAAGAGUGGCAUUAGUAUUUCGAUUCAAGAUACUGAUGUUAGUAGCGGAAAUAUUCAAUUAGACAGCAGUUCCAGUUCGGAUGAUUCAGACUCCGAUGAUAUUCCUUGCGCUGACACAGCCGGGGGUUCGCUGUGCGGUGAUUUAUCCAGUAUCGAUGGGACUAUCGAGGAAGACAUGAAUCAACCGACGAUGUGGUUGGGCACUGAAGACGGCUGCAUCCACGUGUAUAACUGCAACGAUAAUAUUCGCAUAAAGAAGAAUAAAGUGAAGAUUCAACAUGGGAGUAGCGUCCACUGUAUUAUGUAUAUUGAAGACAAAGUGUUCGCUUCCCUCGCGAAUGGUGACGUUGCUAUUUAUUCUCGAGAUCACUGUGGCUGGAAUACUGUGGAACCUUCGACUGUAUCGGUGGGAACCCCAUCAUCCCCCGUCACAAAAAUGGUCUCAGUGACUGGAAAAUUGUGGUGCAGUUGUCACAAUAUAGUAAAAGUGCUCAAUAUCGCCACCCUCGAAAUUGAACAUUCGCUAAAUGUCAGUGGUGAUACAACACGACCAAUUUCGUGUAUGGCAACGUCUGGGGGGAUUGGAGUAUGGAUAUCGUUGCACAAUAGUGCGGUUCUCAGACUUUUCCACACUAGUACUUACGAGUGUCUGACUGACGUCAAUAUCGCCCCUGCCGUUACGAAAAUGCUCUCCACAGGUUGCGAUGAUAUAAUCCGACAACACAAAGCGGCGUGUCUGCGAGUUACUGCAUUACUGGCGUGCAAUGAACUGUUGUGGAUUGGUACAAGCGCCGGUGUUCUACUUACUGUACCCAUUCCACAUAUGAAACCAUCUACACAGAGAUUAUCACAGCCGCCAUUGGUAACUGGUAUUCCCCAUGGUCACACAGGACAUGUGCGAUUCCUCACGUGUGUGGAGAUUCCAUCGCCAACGAAACCUGAUCCCCUUCCAAAAGUGAAUCUGUACUCAAUGAAGAAUACUAAAGCACCCCAAAACAAUAUGGAUCAUACAAAACUUCUGGUAAUCUCUGGUGGUGAUGGAUAUGAAGAUUUUCGGGGUCCCCAAGCAUCUGCGGAACUUCAAGCAGGACGUGAGGAUUCUACGAAUCAUUUGUUAUUGUGGAAAGUGUGACAGCCCUUCAGUGGCUCAGUCGAGCCUCAGGAAUAUUGAGCCCGGCCAUUGGCACCGUCUAAUGGACUAGCAGACGCCUGAUUGAUUUGUCUGAUGGACUCGAAGACGAGUAUUGAUCAACUGUUGCAAAAGCCGCUAUGAAAUUGAACGGCUCCUGUCAUUUUCCAUGAUUGUAACGUUAUUGAACUGUCUAAUAUUCGUCCAAAGACUUUCGAUACUCCAACUUUAACGAUCGCGACUCAUUUUUACGUGAAAGUAACGAGUUUGUACGACUGAUUAAUCGAAACAAUUGAAUGUUUUGGAAGAUCGUUAAUGAGCGAAUGAAUUUCAUCGGCACUACACGAUGAAAGAUAAAAAACAGAAAUUGAAUAAAUAACUCAGCGCCUUCCUAAUUAUAUUGAAGAAAAUAAUUAGAACUUCAGUCGAAUUUUGAUGAUUGAGAGUAAUCUAUCUAAUGAAUAAAAUUUUUUUGAUGAUUGAUGAACAAUUAGUCUCGUUGAUUCGGCAGCUCCGAAAUUUCAUUAACAUGCAAAUUAUGUGCACGAAUAAAUUGAUAGGAUUAAUCAAAUAACGAUUGGAUAUUUGUUUUCAAUUUCACUAUGAAUGAAUGAAAUUGGUGAGGUAAAUAAAUCGAUUAUUCGUCUUUAACUGAAUUAAUUGGAGGCCAAUUUUGAGUGAUGGAGAGAUAUAUUUGAUCACUGUAAGUAAUUCAAAUGCAGCAUAUUACACUGGUAAUUAUGAAAUAAUUAAGGAGAUUCGCACUUUGUAUGAUACCAGCGUCAAUAUGGGGAAUAAAUGAUAAUUUCAAGUA